GUAGUGUAAGAGCGUCGCUGUUGAUAUUAGUGGUAGUAGUGUACACACCGCGUUUAAGCUCACGGGGAAAACUGUAGGAGUGCGAACGCGAGCUUGAAGCGCGGGUGCGGACUUCAGUCGCGUGCGACAUACGCUCCCGGUUGCCACGAUCCGUAAUAUUCGCGUCGACUGUUUCCGAUUCAACUGAAAAUGAAUUAAUAUAAAAAUGAAUAUUGCCAUAUUGUAAUGUGCAUGUAGAAUUGAUUUAUUGUAUGAGUUAUUAAUAUUUUCGAAUCUUCAGCGAAUGAAUUAUAAUGGAUUAUAUGGAUAUAUUGUAAUAAAUUUGUACAAUACGGACACAAUUUGAGUUAUAAUCGGGAUUAGUGAGUUGGCAAAAGAUAAACUGAAAACUGCAUAUUGCAACAAUAAAAUACGAUGUGAGUGAUACAUGCAAGAAUCAUAGCAAUAAUGCAGUGAGAGCGCUACGCAACUUUUUGGAUCGUAUCGAAAUUAACGAAAUCAAACAAAUGAAGCAUGAUUUUCGUGUUUAAAAAAGUGAUUAGUGAAAGUUAAGUGGGGGCGGGGGAGAUAUUUAAAUUUUUAUCGUACAUCUUGGAAAUUGUUAAUAAUUAUGAGGGAUAAAUUUACAUUUAGUUCGGGAGUUCCGGAUAUGCAUGAGAGCCUCUCUAGUUUUCCGGAACAGUUUGGAGAUGGCCCGAGAAAACCGGAAAUAAAGCCAGAAAUUCUGAAGGAGACAGAUAGGACCACGGACAAUCUGAAGUGCGGCUGGUACUGGUUCAGACCAAUUUAUUUGCAGAAAUUUCGCACCGCAAAAUGGGCACUUUUCUGGUUAUGUUGGGCAGGAGCUAUGCAAGGAAUGGUUGUGAAUGGAUUUGUAAAUGUUGUCAUAACAACGAUAGAAAGAAGAUUUGGAUUAAAAUCAUCGGAGUCUGGGUUGAUAGCGGGUGGAUAUGACAUUGCUAGUUUCCUUCUUCUCGUACCAGUAAGCUAUCUCGGUGGCCGUACGAAAGCAUCGAAACCGAGGUAUAUCGGCGUAGGAAUUGUAAUCCUAGGUAUUGGAAGCUUGCUGUUUGCAUCUCCACAUUAUCUUGCUGGACCAUAUAGAGGAGGUCAACAAACAGAAAACGUAUGCCAAAGUGUCACUAAUACGUCAAGCCAUUCGAUAUCCUGCACGGAUCAAUCUACCGUUCAAGCGGAGCUAGAGCCUUACAGUGGCAUGUACUUAACCAUAUUUCUGGUAGCUCAGCUGUUGCAUGGUGCCGGCGCGGCGCCUUUUUAUACACUCGGAGUGACAUAUUUAGACGAAAAUGUUUCAAAAAAAAUGUCCUCAGUGUAUUUAGGUAUUUAUUAUACUAUGGCCAUAAUAGGACCUGCAUUAGGUUACGUUAUCGGUGGUGAAUUACUGAAAAUUUACACGGAUUUUCUUACGGUGGAUUCCACGAUAAUUGGACUAACUCCUGAUAAUAAUGUCUGGAUUGGUGCAUGGUGGAUUGGUUUUUUGGUGGCAGCUGUUAUUUGCUUUAUCAUCGCUAUACCCGUUUUAGCAUUUCCAGCAGCUUUACCAGGAUCAGAGGAGUUAGCUAAGGAUAAGAUAUCAGAGGCACAUGAAAAAUCGACCCGAUCUCCCACUGCGGAAACCAGAAAAGUAUUUUCCAAAAUACGAGAGCUGCCGCGUGCUCUAACUGAAUUGCUCGGAAAUCCAGCAUUUUUUAUGCUGAAUUUAGCAGGUGCCAGUGAAGGACUGUUAAUUGCCGGAUUUGCUGCAUUUCUGCCAAAAUUAAUGGAAAAUCAAUUCAGCGUCAAUGCUAGUUCGGCUGCAUUGUUGAUGGGAUUAGUAACUGUACCAGCAGGAGGCGGCGGUACUUUUCUUGGUGGUUAUUUGAUAAAACGUUUCAAUUUGUCCUGUUCUGGCAUUUUGAAAUUUUGUUUGUCAACUACGGCUGCCUGCAUAAUUUUUACAUUAUGUUUUGCUCUAAACUGUCCAAACAUAGAUUUUGCUGGAUUAACCGUUCCUUAUCAAAAUAUCACGAGAAAAAUUUCAUUAUCUUUGGAGAACGUCUGCAAUAAUGGUUGUGGUUGCUCCAGAUUGCAAUUCGAUCCUAUAUGCGGCGUUGAUGGAAUCACAUAUUAUUCACCUUGCCAUGCUGGAUGUUAUCGUGAAACACCGAUAAACGAUGUUAAAAUAUACACGGAUUGUAGUUGUAUAGAUUCACCGGCGAUGAAUUUAACAACCGAUGAUAGUGGUGAUAUUGUUCGUUAUCAAGCUAUUAAUACCACUUGUGAAAGCACGUGCUCGUACCUAUGGUUAUUUAUCGUUUUGGCAUUUUGCAAUAUGUUUAUGACCUUUUUAUGCACGAUGCCAGCACUUUCGUCUACACUGCGAGUCGUGCGAGACGAUCAGAGAUCAUUUGCUUUAGGCAUACAAUGGAUUAAAGUUCGAAUUUUGGGAACAAUACCAGCACCGAUGGUAUUUGGCGCUCUUAUAGAUGAUACUUGUAUCUUGUGGAACGAAACGUGCGACGGUAGAGGAGCAUGUCUCGUAUACGACAAUUAUUAUAUGAGCAGAUACAUGCUUGCCCUGGCAUUUAUAGGAAAGGCAGCUUCGCUUCUUUUCUUUUUUUUAGCAUGGUGGACAUAUAUCCCACCAGGAAGUAGAGGCAUCGGUCAAAAUUCCCGACAGCAAGCUACCGCUACUUUAACACUAAGCAACACAUCUCAAGAAGUUCAAAUAGUAUCAACCACUAUAGCAUAAAUUCGGGUUACUUUGUUUCGUAGGAAAUUAUUCUCUUAGAACUAUUACUUUAUAAAAAUGAUAGACAUAAUUGCAAUUAUAUUACAUGGACAAAGAAAUGUCUCAACAUAUCUGUUUCUAGUAAGACAAACUCUGAGUCAUAAAAUAAUUCCAAUGUACAACAAAUGUUAUCACAAAUGCAUUAACAAAUAUUAAGAUGAGAUAAAUGCUUAUAUGAUAAAGUGCACAAAAGAAUGGAAGUAUAGAUAUUUCUCUGCGUUAAAAAUGUAACAAAUUUUUGAUAAUAUUUCAUACUUAAGGUUUGGAAGUCAAUCAAAAGAUAUUAAAAUCCUAUAUCCUAAUUAUCGUGAUAAAAAUCCUACAAAAUCCAAAAUUUUACAUUUUCCUUUUCUAUAACGAAUAAAAUCGCUGUACUUUUCAUAAGCGCAUAGAAAUGCAAUUGCUAUUUAUCAAUUACAAUUUAUGCAGCUAAAAAAAACUUCCGAGCCUUAUUUAUAAUAAAUUUUUAUAAUCGUAACGUUUGCCGCACAAUUAAAAACUAGUUAGUUAGCCUUAUAUUCCCUAUAAUAACAAAUAUUGAUAAUAAAUAUGGAUAAAUAUUCAAAAAAGAAAGCGCAAUUUACAUAAAUUUCGAAGAGACAUUUCUGCCAAUAUAUCAAUGCUUUGGUGGUUGUCUUAUAUCAUCGAUUUAAUAACAAAUUUUUUACUAUAAUUAUUUUUGUUAAAUGGAAGAAAUGCCAAUAUGCCUAGAGUAUUUAUACAUUAAUAAAUAAAAAACU